ACCACUGAGCAUCAGGACUUCUUCCUGUGUGACUUUGGCAACACAUUUUGAGAGCGAUGGGCGGGGCCAGUGACGAUAUCAGCCAAUCAUAGCGGGCGCUCAUUACCUGAGCCCCGCCCAUGAUAACCAGACAUGGAGACGGACAGCGUGAACAUUUGGCCACGGAUGGAGCCCUUCUUGCUGGGCGCCCUGCAGGUGGCUCCUUGCUCCAAACUCAGCCUUCACUAUCUCCGUAAAAUGGCUGUUUACGUGCAAACACGAGACGGCUGCUUCCCUGCUUUGGGCUGGCCGAUGUGGAGACACAUCGCCUGCGGGAAGCUAUUGCUGCCUGAGGACAUGGCGUGGCUCUUCUUCGAGACCUUUGACCUUCUGGUGGGUCGCACGCCACAGGAAAGGCUGGAGCGGGCUGAGUUCCUGUCCCAGUGCUCCUCCAAGAGCCAGCUGGACCACCAGAGGAACAAGCUGUCCGUGGACACGCUGCAGUUCCUCCUCUUCCUCUACGUCCAGCAGCUGAACCGAGUGUCUCUGCGUAAAUCUCUGAUUGGUGAAGAGUGGCCCAGCCACCGCUCUCCCUCCCCAUCAGAACGAGAGGCCAAGACGAGCUCUCAGAACAAGAACUGGGACGAUCAGGCCCAUCUGUCCUUCAUGCAGUCUCAUCUGGCGGAGAUCCUGGCCCUGCUGGUGGAACCCAGCCAGCUGCUGCCGUCGGGCCUCGCCCCAAAAGACUGCCAGGUAUCCCUGGAGGCCGUGCGGAGCUUGGGUCUGCUCCUGGAGGGUUCGGCUGGUCAUGGAAAACCGGUUCAGCCCAUCCACCGGCUGUUGACCAAGGCUCCCCUCCAAACUCAAGCUGGCUACUCUCUGCUGAGCAGCUCCUUCGCCCUGCACAAGCUCCUCUCGUGUCUCCAGCACAGCCUCACCCUCAACCCCUUCGGGAUCACCGCUUGCCUCCGCUCAGGGAAGAAGCUGGCCUGGGCUCAACAAGUGGAAGGGACCAUGAAGAGAGCCAAAAUAGCCAGGAACACCCACACGGCUCCGCCCGGCAGUAAGAUGGUGCUGAUGUCUCAAGUCUUUAAACAAACUCUGGCCAAAACGUCCGACAAGCUGACGGGGGCCAAUAUAAAGAUUCACAGAUGUGCUGAGGCCUUCAUCUACCUCCUCUCUCCUCUCAGAUCUGUCAGUGUUGAUAAAUGCCGUGACAGCACAGUGGUCCUGGGUCCAGUCCAGACCUGCGUUCACAUCUGCAGCUGCCAGAACGUACGUGUGGUGUGCGUGGCUGGCAGAGUUGCCAUCGGAGCCUCCUCUCGUUGCACCGUCCACGCCCUGACCCCCACUCGGCCGCUGCUCCUACCUGGAAACACGGACAUCACUCUGGGUCCUUUCCACACGUUCUACCCCUCACUGGAGGACCACAUGGCCAGCGUGGGGCUUGCUGUGGUCCCUAAUCUCUGGGAUCAGCCGUUGGUUUUGGGGACGGACGGCCAAGCAAAGCCCACAUCCAACCUGUCGUCCACCCAAGACGCUGCCUGCUACCACCUGCUGCCCCCGUCUGAGUUUCAUACUCUGGCUGUACCUUUCCAGAUGGAGGGUGACACGUACGAGGUGCCCGGCGGGUUACCGCCUGAGUACCAGGCAGCUCUGGAUGAAAAGCAGAAGAGGAUUCAGAGCUGGCAGAAAACGGUGAUGGAGGCCCACCUUAGCAAGGAACAGAAGCAACAGUUCCAGGAGUUGGUGGAGUUAAAGUUCCAUGAGUGGCUUCUUGAAACCGGGCACCGGCAGGAACUCGACAGCUUGAUCCCGCCUACGAUCCCCUCUCUGAAGGACUCCAGCGGUGCAGCGUCAGACCCCAGACAAGUUAAAGAUGUCAAACGUUCAAGGACCACGCCAGAGGGCGGACAGUCUCCUGCGGCUCAUUGA